ACGGGUUAAACCGAUAGAGGGCUGUGCGUCCCAGAGAGGACGAGAAACUUGAGCUUAGAAGAGCCGCUUAAUACCCGAGGCCCUUUUCUGAUGGGAGGAGAGAAAGGCGCACACAUACAGAAAGAGAGGCUGGAUUAUUUUUUUUAAUUUAAAGAAGAGUUUGCCUUAAAAAUAAUAAUAAUUGUUCCCUUGCAAUAGAAAACUGCAGAUCCUCCAGGAAAGAAAUGCAUUCGGGAACAUGCACGGUAGAAGGCCCUGCCAUCAAACAUUGAUCUCUGUGUGCUUCUGAGGCAGAGACAACCCCAUUGCAGCAGCCAGUUUUCCCACAGGUGUAAGCCAGAAGGCGUAGGCCGGACGCAUUCCUCUCCCAGAGAAACCCAUCGCCUUUUCGGAGAAGGCCGGCGGUUAGGCUGUCUCAAAAUGGCCGCCAAGCGGGGCGCGACUUCGAGCCUCCAUUUGCAGGGCGAGCUGGAGCAGGUGGCCCGGCGAGGGAAGAAGAUGGAGGUCGAGGAGGACGAACAUGAGAACCCCGAGUCAGAGGAAGGCUGGCGGGGGAAAGGAGAGGCCUCCCGCGGCCCCCGAGACAAAGAGGAGAGGCUGCCCAGGGGCCGGACGGCUCAUCAAAAGGCCCUUCUCAACGCCACUCGCUCCCCUCGCUCGGGGUGGAGAAACCCGCCAGCGUCCCGGCCAGCGGAGUGGGAAGACAGGCGAGCCUUUCCGUCCUCCCUUGAGGGGCCGGCAGCGGCCCGACCGUGGCCCAGGAGCGGACGGGCGUCCCGCCACCAGCAGGGCCUGGCUGGGGAAGGCCCCGAGGCCCACAAUAGCCUGGACUCCGGGGAGAUUGGCGAGUCCGGGGUGGUGAAAGUGAAGGAGGAGGUGUUGGGCGACGACUCGGCCAGCAUGGAGAUGAAGCGCCAGCGCUUCCGCCAGUUCCGCUACCAGGAGGCCGAGGGCCCCCGCGAGGUGUGCAGCCAGCUCUGGUACCUGUGCCACCGGUGGCUGAAGCCGGAGAGGCACACCAAGGAGCAGAUCUUGGAGCUGCUAAUCCUGGAGCAGUUCCUGGCCAUCCUUCCGCCUGACCUCCAGAGCUGGGUGAGGGAACACGAACCGGAGACGUGCUCCCAGGCGGCCGCUUUGGCCGAGGAUUUCCUACAGGUGCAGAGGGAGGCGGAGAGGAGGGAGCAGCAGGUGCUGGGUCUCUUCGAAAUGGACAACGCAGAUUCUCCAGAGCCGGAGCCGGAGCAACCCGCCUCCGACUCUGCGCCCAAGCCUCUGUUCAGGGAAGCAAAGCAAGAGGCUGAUGAGGAAGAGGGCAGCAAUUUGGGCAACCUUGGGCAAGUGGCGCCCCGGGCAGGCGGCCCCCUCCCCCUGUACCCAGAGGAGGGCAGCUCCGACGACGAGGGCCUAUUGGACCUUGUCUAUGCCGCCAACCUUGAGAUCCACAGCCGGCGGCCGCCCCGGAGGACCCGCCUCAUCCGGAUGCGCACCCACGAGCUGCAGGUGUCCGACGAGGAGUGCUUGACCCGUUUCCGCCUGGACCGCCAGGCCAUCCAGGACCUCUGCACCCUGCUGGCUCCUUACCUGGACGGCGCCUCAGCCAGCCGCAGGCACAUCCCCACCUUGCAGAAGGUCCUGAUCGCUCUGCAGGUGCUGGGCACCGGGUCCUUCCAGCGGAUGACGGGCGACAACCUGCGCGUGUCGCAGUCGUCCGUCAGCCGCUGCCUCGACGCCUUCCUGGAGGCCAUGCUCCGCCAUGUCCACGAGCACAUCACCUUCCCCACCACCGACUCGGAACUGCGCCGCACGCGGGAAGCCUUCUUCGACAUCGCCGGCUUCCCGAACGUCAUCGGGAUCGUGGACUGCACCCACGUCCCCAUCAUCGCGCCGGCUGACAUGCCCGCGCUCUACCGCAACUGCCACAACUUCCACAGCCUCAACGUGCAGGCCACCUGCGACGCCUCAGGGUGCUUCACCCAUGUGCUGGCAAAGUUCCCCGGCAGCGUCCACGACGCUCGGAUAUUCCAGCUCUCCCAGCUGCAGAGGCUCCUGGAGUCAUGGCCUGAAGGAAAGGGUUGGCUCUUGGGCGACAGCGGCUAUCCUUUGCGCCCUUUCCUCAUGACGCCGCACCCCGACGACGGCCCGGAGCCCGUGGCCCGCUACAACGCCACGCACGAGACGACGCGGAUGGUGGUGGAGCAGGCCUUUGGGCAGCUCAAGAUGCGCUUCCGCUGCCUGCACUCCACCGGCGGGCGGCUAAUGCUCCGCCCGGAGAAGGUGGCCAAGGUGUUUGUGGUGUGCGCCAUGCUGCACAACAUGGCCCUCCGGCGCCAGUUGCCCAUUAUCAAUGGCGGACAAGGGGUGGACACCGAGGUCCCCGUGCCUCCCUAUCUGGAAACUGACAGCCUGGUGGAGCAAGACCCCCGCGGGGUGGAUGUCCGGGAGCAGAUCAUUAGCACUUAUUUCUCACAAUAAAUUCGACUUUCGGUAGACGGCU